AUAGUUUCUUCUUCUUGACUUUAGGGAAAGUCCUGAACUCUUAAGAGGUAUGGGACUGAGUGCCUGUGCACCCAGAAAAAAGUCUGAGAUGGAACUACAGCUGCAGUCAAGGUUAUAAGUAUACUUCCAAGGAUCACGGAUUGAGAACCAGCUUACAAGCUCCCCAUGUUGGCACCAUGAAAGAUUUCGUAUGGAUACUCAUUGUUAUUGCAAUAGCGAUGGUGUUCCCAAUAUUGUUUUUUAUUAGAGAAAACCCCUUUGAUACUGCAAGUUUCCUGUCUUUGCAGGAAAAGGAGCUGGUAGCUUGGCAGAGAGCCCAGAUGCAGAUCAGCUCUAGGAGAACAAACCACCUGGAAACCUUCAGAGAUAUGCAGAAAAACUCAGAACCACUCAAAAACGUGAAUUCCUGCAUCUUGAUUGGAGCUGCCCCUGUGAAAAAAAGACUGCUGACCAUAGGGAUUUCCUCAGUGCAGCGUCCCCAAAGGAGCUACCUCUUGGACACUCUGCAAUCUCUCUUUUAUUCUUCCUCCUUAUCUGAGCAGAAACACUUCAUUGUUCUGGUACACUUGGCAGAUCCUGAUCCCAUGUGGUGUGGUCAAAUGAUCUCCAAUAUCUCAACCAUUUUUAAACCAUAUAUCCAGGCCAGCCAGCUAGUAGUGAUUAACAUGCCUCUUAAAAGCUAUCUUCCCUUGAAGAAACUUAAGAAGAACUUUAAUGGCACUACUGCCUAUGUAGCUUUCCAUUCCAAGCGGAACAUGGAUUAUGCCUUCCUCAUGAACUUUGCUACCAACCACUCUGACUAUUUCCUGAUGAUUGAAGAUGAUGUGAAAUGUGUCCCUGGAUUUGUCACCCAGAUAGCUACUACAGUGUCUGCCUGGGAAAACAAACCUUGGGUGACUCUGGAAUUCUCUCCGUUGGGCUUCACUGGAAAACUCUUUCGUACUAAAGACCUCCCUUGUUUUGUUAAUUUUCUUCUUCUCUUCUACCAAGAAAUGCCCUGUGACUGCCUCCUCUCCCAUUUUCAUGAUCUCAUGCAGCAAACACCAGUCCAGUUCCUCCCUUCCCUCUUCCAGCACAUGGGCAAUUAUUCCUUCUUUGAAGGCAAAUUCAAUAGUCUCAAAGAUAAAGAGUUUGAAGAGGAUGACAUUAGUUCUCCCAACAACCCUGCUGCCUCCAUCUAUACUAGCCUGAAGGCUACCAAUGACUCUGUUCCUAUGAAUGCCUAUAGCUUGAAUAAGAAUUUCUUUUAUGCCAAGUCAGCAGAGGUUGGAAGCCAUCUGACUGUGGUUUUGGACUCACCUGCUGAAGUGUUCCGAGUUCAAGUGUUGACUGGCCCUGACCUAAAAGGUGAAAAUCAGCUGAAAGAGGGACAAAUAGAACUUGGCUAUGCUUCUACUAAUCAGAUCAAUGACUGUGAUGACUACAUUCUGCUGGGACUACUGUUUGAAGUACAACCUUUUGCACUUCUGGUAAGAUGUCAGACCUCCAGACCUGGACUGAGGGCCUCAAUUCCAGAGUCAGGGCUGUAUGUCUCCCUGCACUUUUCCAGCCUUGCAAACACAUUCCUGGGUCAGAGAGGUACUGCCCAUGAGAAAUCAGGCUGCGGGAGUGUUUCUGAAAAGGCCGGGUGUCAUACUGGGGUCACCUGGUUGAGUGCACCUUGCAACUCCGAUGGGCCCCAGCUGAGGAGUUGUGGGCCUCCUGCUUGCUUUGGAAAUCCCAAAGUGGGGAGCCAAGCUAGCUCUGUCAGAAGGAAGCAAACAGCAACUGGAUGGAUUUUCAAGCAGUUGCUAGGCCAUACCCCAUCAGGGCUUCCCGGGAGAAAAGGACAAAUUUUGGCCUCUAGGCCCAGCAUUCAGGUGGACCUACAAGGUGUUUUCCACGCAGGAUCCAAGAACAUUCCAGGCACACCUAAGCUCACUAGCUCUCUCCUGCACAGGAACAUGAAGGAACAGAUGUAUGGAGGUUGCUUUGAGGUUCCCAAGGACUGUGGGAGCCCUCCCGAGGCACACGGCAUCAGAGGCCUUUGCCCCUGA